AUGGUAAAUACUUGUACAAAUAUAAUAUAUAUAUAUAUAAACAUAUUCAUCUUACCAUUCAUUAUUAUUGUUAUUAUUUUAGCCCCUUCUCUAUAUGAAGACUCUACACCUUUUGAUGACGAAGACGAUUUACAACUAUUGAGUCAUCAAGCUGCCAUUGCUGGCCAUACCCAAUCUCCUUCUGUUGUUGGGCCUCCUGAUGGUCCUCGUCGUCCUCCUCAUCCAUCUACAAGUGCUAUACGUCGUAAAGCAGGUAGUGGACGACGAUCCAGUCAACCGUUUUUAUCGUCCAUCAAGGAAUCUAUUCAAAAUAUAUUGAACAAGUCUCCUACAGCUUCUGGAACAGGUCCUGGUGGUGUUGAACGUAUUAUUCAUAUCAACAAUACGGAACUGAAUGCACAACAACGUUUUUUGAGCAACAAAGUAUUUACAGCAAAAUAUACGAUUAUUUCAUUUAUCCCCAAAUUCUUAUAUGAAGAGUUUUCCAAAUAUGCCAAUGUGUUUUUCUUAUUUGUCUCUGGAAUACAGCAAAUUCCUGGUGUAUCUCCUACUUCAAGAUGGACUACUUUAGUACCAUUAUGUAUUGUGUUAUUCAUCACAGCACUCAAGGAAUUUGCAGAAGAUUUGGGUGUUCAUCGAUCUGAUGCUGAAUUGAACGCAAAGAAAUGUAAAGUAUUGAUUGGAAAUCAAUUUGUUGAAAAAUCUUGGCGUGAUGUCCGUGUGGGUGAUAUGCUACGUAUCGAAAGCGGGGAAAACUUUCCUGCCGACUUAGUAUUGAUCAGUAGUUCGGAACCUGAAGGAUUAUGUUAUAUUGAAACUAGCAACUUGGAUGGGGAAGUGAAUUUAAAGAUCAAGCAAGCUUUACCACAAACUGCCAAAGUUUUGACUCCUAUGGAUGCAUGUCAAUUUCGAGGUGUGAUCAAAUCUGAACAACCUAAUAAUCGACUUUACAAUUAUGAUGGUGUAUUGACUACUUCAUCUGCUGAAGAAAUGGGCAAAACAAGGGAUUAUGCUUUGGAUCCUUCUCAAAUUUUACUUCGUGGUGCUCAACUUCGUAAUACUGAUUGGAUUUAUGGUAUCGUUGUUUUUACUGGUCAUGAAACAAAAUUGAUGUUGAACUCAAGUAAAAAACCUUCCAAAGUGUCCAAUGUCACUCAUAUUACCAAUCGUAAUAUCUUGUACUUGUUUACCAUUCUCGUUUUGAUGAGCAUAGGUGGUGCUAUAGGUGGAAUGCUUUUUACUUCUACUCGAGGUGAAGAAUUAUCUUAUCUUCCUAUCCAUCAAGAAAGCAAAGGACAAGAAUUUGGUUAUGAUAUUUUGACAUUUUUGAUUCUCUUCAACAGUUUUAUUCCUAUCAGUUUGAUGGUGACCAUGGAAAUUGUUAAAUUUGUCUUAUCGUACUUGAUUGAAUCUGAUUUGGAUAUGUAUUAUGAACUGACGGAUACUCCUGCCGUGGCAAGAAGUAGUAGUCUUAUUGAAGAACUGGGACAGGUUAAAUUUGUAUUUUCUGAUAAAACUGGUACUUUGACUUGUAAUGAAAUGCAAUUUCGUCAAUGCUCUAUUGCUGGCCUUUCUUAUGCUGACAAAGUGGAAUCUGACAAACAAGCUCGAGAAGGUGAUGAUGAUCCUUCCCUUCAAUAUACAUUUGUCCAACUACAAGAACAUCUCAAGUCACAUGCCAUGGCCAACGUCAUCAAUGAAUUCCUUACUUUAUUGUCUACUUGCCAUACCGUGAUUCCUGAAAGACCAGAAGGAACAACUGAAAUUGUUUAUCAAGCUUCCUCACCAGAUGAAGGUGCUCUUGUGAAAGGAGCCAGUGAAUUAGGUUAUGUUUUUCAUACACGACGACCCAAUUCUGUUACGACAUCUUCUCUUGGUCGGGACAUGGAAUAUCAGGUACUCAACAUUUGUGAAUUCAACUCAACUCGAAAGAGAAUGUCAGCCAUCAUUCGAGGACCUGACGGUAAGAUCAAACUUUACUGUAAGGGUGCAGACACAGUGAUUUUGGAACGAUUGGCGGAAAGCAACCCUUAUGUGGAAGCAACUUUAGUUCAUUUAGAAGAUUAUGCAACAGAAGGUCUUCGUACUUUAUGUAUUGCGAUGCGAGAAAUUCCUGAAGAAGAAUAUGCAAGAUGGUCUCAAAUUUAUGACAAGGCAGCGACAACUCUUGUCAAUCGUGCAGAAGAAUUGGAUCGUGUAGCUGAAAUGAUUGAAAAGGAUCUAUUUUUACUUGGUGCAACGGCAAUUGAAGAUCGACUUCAAGAUGGUGUACCUGACACGAUUCAUACAUUACAAGAAGCCGGGAUCAAGGUUUGGGUGUUAACAGGGGAUCGACAAGAAACGGCUAUCAAUAUUGGUUACUCAUGUAAAUUGUUGAAUGAAGACAUGUCACUUAUUGUUUGCAAUGAAGAUAAUCAUUGGGAUACAAGAAAUUUUUUGGAAAAGAAACUCAAAGAUAUUACUGAAGUGAUGAAUCGUGGUGAAGACAUGGAGCCUUUGGCAUUAGUGAUUGAUGGUCGUGCAUUGACAUUUGCAUUGGAAAAGGAUAUAGAAAAGAUCUUUUUCGAUUUGGCUGUACUUUGUAAAGCUGUGGUAUGUUGUCGUGUAUCCCCUCUUCAAAAGGCAUUGGUGGUCAAAGUGGUCAAGAAAUAUGAUACUUCUAUCCUGUUAGCAAUUGGCGAUGGUGCAAAUGAUGUAUCUAUGAUUCAAGCUGCUCAUGUGGGUGUGGGUAUUAGUGGUGUAGAAGGUCUUCAAGCAGCCCGAAGUGCUGAUUUUGCUAUUUCACAAUUCCGAUUCUUGAAAAAACUUCUUUUGGUACAUGGUGCUUGGGCUUAUCAACGACUUUCCAAGAUGAUCUUUUAUUACUUUUAUAAGAAUGUGGCUCUGUAUUUAACUCAAUUUUGGUAUGCGUUUUACAAUGGAUUUUCUGGAUCAACUUUAUAUGAAUCAUGGACCAUGUCAUGCUUUAAUGUGAUCUUUACUUUCCUACCUCCUUUGGCUGUUGGUAUCUUUGAUCAAAUCGUAUCCGCAAGAAUGUUGGAUAAAUACCCUCAAAUGUAUAUGCUUGGUCAAAGCAAUGAAUUCUUCAACCAAAAACGAUUCUGGGGUUGGAUCGCCAAUGCUGUAUAUCAUUCUUUGUUAUUGUUCUUCCUUGGUCUUGGUGCAUUUUAUAUUGAUGGUGUAUUUCCUAAUGGUAUCAAUGGAGGUCAAUGGUGGGUUGGCACAGGUGUAUUUACUGCUACACUUGCUUGUAUUCUUUGGAAAGCUGCUUUGAUUACGGAUGUUUGGACCAAGUAUACAGCAAUUGCAAUUUUAGGAUCUAUGGUUGUAUGGUUUAUUUAUCUUCCUGUCGUUGAAUAUAUUGGACGAGCGAUCUCAGUCAGUACUUUCCCUGAAUAUGAUGGUAUGGUACCUAUGCUUUGGGGCAAUGUCAACUUUUGGUUAUUUAUUAUCUUGGUACCAUUUGUUUGUAAUCUUCGGGAUUUCAUUUGGAAAUAUUUGAAGAGAAUGUAUCGACCGAUUCCCUAUCACUUUGUACAAGAAAUUCAAAAAUACAAUUUACCUGAUUAUCGACCACGAAUGGAUAGGUUCCGACAAGCUGUGAAUAAGGUACGAAGAAUUCAACGACUCAAACGCAAUCGGGGAUAUGCUUUCUCUCAAAAUGAAACCGAUCAAACAAAGAUUAUCCGUGCUUACGAUACAACACAGCAAAAACCUCAGGGCUAG